AUGUUAGAGAAGAUAAGGCUUCUUGAAGAUAUUUUAGAAGAGAGUGGUGGAUUUGGAUGUGAACAUGUUAAUGAAGCAUAUGUUGAAGAAGAAUUUCAAGAAUCUGAGUAUAAUGAGGAGGAAUCUGGUGGUGAUGAGGUUGAAUCUGACAGCAAAGAGGAUUUAUGUGAUGAGGAUGAAGAAUAUUUUGAAGUUAAUAAAGUUAGUGAUGUGGAGAAAGAACCGAUAUUAACACCUGGUUUUGUUCAAGUUAAUGAUGAAGAUUAUGGGAAUGAUUUUCUUAAUGAUGAUGAAAAUGUUGAAGAUUAUGAUCAAGGGAAAUGUUUUAGUGGUCAGGGGAAUGGAAGUGGUUCACAUGAGGGAAAUAUUCGUAAAAAUCAUGUUGAAGGUAAAGGUGAUGAUGAUGAAGAUGAUGAACAAGGAAAUGGAAGUGGAUGUAAUAACGAAGAGGCCAUGAAUUUAAAUUCUGUUGUCGAAAAUGUUACUAAGAGUGUGGGUCUAAUUGAUAGCCAAGAAGGUACUAAUGGUUGUCUAAAUCAGAAACUAGUUGAAGAUGAUGUGAAUUUGAAUUUGACUGAUGUUGAUGAUGCGACUGUAAAUUUGGGUGAGGAUGAUCAUAAGAAUAAAAUAAUUUCAGAUCAUACUGUUGAUACAGUUAUUGUAGUAAAGAAGGAUGGAGAAGGUGGAGAUGUUGAAGAUUGUUCAAAUAAAAAUAAAGAUGGAGAAAAUGUUGAAGAUUGUUCAAAUAAAAAGAAUGAUUCAAAUGAGACUCGAUCAUUGAAAAAUGAUAUUGUUCCAAGUUUUAGUCUUGGAUUUAGUCAAGAUUCUGAAGUUUCUUUUGCACCCCCUUUGGGUACAUUAGAAGGACCAUCAAAACUUGUUUCAGGCAAACCUAAAGAUAUAAAUGGAGAAGCAACAUCAGUAGUGGAUGUCAAAGGAAAGAAACAAAUGAAGAUUUCUUAUGUUUAUAAGUCAACAUUUAAGGAAAGGUUAAUAGAUUUUAAACCUAGUUUGACACAAGUAGAAAAUGUUGUUUGUGAAUGGCUUCUCAAUCUUCAAGGAAAUCCAGGGUAA